CUGGGUCCGCUGUCAUACGGACUAGUUGGACGUCUAGACCAAACUGUGCAAGACCUCAAGCUAUACUUAAUCAUCGCCGCUCUCCUUUUGCCCGCCAUCGACGACAAGCCGAGGCGAAGUCGCCUAACCAAGUGCACGUCAUACCAAUAUCAAGUCAAAUCAGAUCGCAAAACACCAAAAGGGAGAGAUCAAGGAUAGAUCGCUUACUUACAUCGCCAUGAAAGUUCUUGUUUUUGGGGUGACUGGCAAUGCCGGCAAGGAAAUCGUCAACCACUGCUUUGCAGAUGAGCGCAUCACCAAGGUUGUGAUCUUCACGAGGAAGGCGGUCCCGAUAGAUGUCGAAAGCCACCCCAAAGCCGAAGUCAUCAUGCAUCAGGAUUUUUCGCACUAUUCUGAAGAGAUGAUGCGCAGACUUGAGGGGGCCGAAGCGUGCUUAUGGGCUAUUGGAGGGAGACUCAACCAGUUCAACAACGACAAGGAAUUGUGCCGCAAAGUGAGCGUAGAGUUCACACUGGCGGCAGCGAAUGCGAUGCUGAAAUACCUGGCCGACAAAGUUCCCCAAGGCAAGAAAUUCCGAUUUGUCUUUUGCAGCGGCAAAUACUCGGAAUGGAAUCAGAAAAGGCCUCUUUUGUUUCUGGCUGACUCCCGCCGCAUCAAGGGAGAAGUUGAGAAAGGCCUAUGCGACCUUGCAGAUGCAAACGCUGACAGGUUUGAGACUUGGAUCUUACGACCUUCCGGCUUCAUCGAACCCAACGCUCCAUUUUCCAAGAGGCUCGUCGGCAGCCUGUACGGCGCCAUCACGACCACUCAAGUUGGCAAAACGAUGGUCAAGGUAGCCUGUGAAGGAUGGAAGGACAGGAUUAUUGAGAAUGAAGCGCUUCUCAAGAUGUAAUUCGGUGCUGUUGCCUCUCUUUUUUUUUCUCCUUUUUUUUAUAAGAAGAGGUGUUCUUGCAGUCAGACAGAAACAGCAUAUGUUUUCAGAUACCCAUUUGUCAUGAGAGAGGGAUUUUGCGUACCGGAUUAACACCGAGGUUUUUAUUUGAAAUGAUGAACAGCGUAGGGGCGCUCAAUGGACAUACGGACGGGAGUUAUUCGAGUCGGGAAAUGAGACAUAUUACAACU